AAUCGGCUGAUUCGGAACGGACCUGGGCCACCGUCGCGGGCAGCAUCCCCACCACCAAUAGCUUUACGUCCGCGCGAACAUUGGCGGGUACGGUUCGGGUGCGCGCGAUCUUGCCCCGUGAUCAGUGUACGCAACACAGUCCGUGCGCGCAGAGCGUGGUCGUCCAUUACCGCACUCUGUGUUUUCUGUUCGUCGCGGUUCCGUUCGCAAGCGAUCGUUUAAGUCUUUCUAUUUUUCCAGCGUUUUCAGUCGUUCGACGUAUAUGUUAAAAAAUUUGUGCGAAAAGUGCAGCCAAGUGAGAAACACCGGGCGACAGCGUGUUACAUGAUCGUCAUCAACGCCAUCGUGAUCAAUACCUUCCCGAAAAGUACGCGUCAAACAUACGCCACUGUGCCACUAGUGUAAAAGAGAGAGCGAGAAAGAGUGAAGGAGUGAAAAAAUCGUCCAUAAUUUUUUUUUUGAGUGAAUUUUGCGUAACGUCAGUCCGACCGCGUCUCGUGCAUAGCGGAUCAUUCAACCGAGUGUGCGCAUUUGUGAAAUUGUGUUCCCUGAAGACCAGUGACAACGGGGUAGACAAACGGGUACGACACCAUGAAACAGGCAAAUGGUCGAGUGUUCGAUCGGAAUAAAGCUACCGCGUACAGCCGGAAGUAAGGGAACGAGCGUGUUUUGCACGAAAUCCCCCGGGCAGUCCCCCGGAGGGAACCGAAAGUUAGCUGCAGCACCGUACAUCCUUCCAUCCGUACGGGAAGCGACGAGUUUGCAGUGCGUCCCGAGUCCCCGGCGCCGAGUCCCUUCAUGGCCAACUUAUGCAAAAAGGUAACUGGAAUCACGUGGACUGAUGGCGUCGAACAGUGAUACAAAUUAUGCUUAAAUUAACCGAAAACCUGAAACGUAAGAUGCGGCGACGAUCCAGAAUGAAGGUUCUAAAGAUACUGCAGUCCUUUUCGCAAGGAACGUUCAUUGCGUUUUUGCUGCUUUUCUUCGGCGUGGAUUGUAUGGGUGAACCAGGGUACCUUGACUUUGAUAAUCUUCCGGAGACGAAUUUUACCUGCGCGGGCAAAGUGAUCGGUGGAUACUAUGCCGAUCUGGAGGCAUCCUGCCAGAUGUUUCACGUGUGCACCAUCGGGCAGGGUGACGAACCGAUGGACAUCAAGUUCCUGUGCCUGAACGGGACGGUAUUCGAUCAGGAGACGCGAGUUUGCGAGCGUGUCGACGAGGUCGAUUGUUCCAAGUCGGAAAAGUUCUACUAUCUUAACUUGGAGCUGUACGGCAACACGAUCAUUCCUUCACCGGAUGAUGGCAGCUCAGAGGAGGAUGGUAGUGAUGGAGGUGGUUCUUCAUCUACCACUAGUACGACGACUACAACUACUACCACGACUACUACUACGACUCCGAAACCACCGGCAACGACGACACCGUCGCGAAGGUUCGUCUUUAACAACGGUAACAAGGGCUUCACACAGCCCAUCUCAUCCUCAACGAUUGCGACACCGCUGCACGCGUUCUCGAGCACUUCUCGCAAGCCCCCAUCCGAGGAGGAAGACUACGAGUAUGAGGAUGAGGAGUAUACAGACGAGAAGACAGCUGAUCAGGAUUCGGUUGUUGUUCCAGCGCUGGAAGAGGGUGGCAACUUUUCGCCCCAGCAGUUUACACUUCAGCAACAACAGCAGGGCAAUCAACCAAAAACGGAACCACCGACGAAAGCCGGUGGAGGAGCGAAACCUGCCGUAUCCUUCCAACAGCAGCACUUCCAGAACGGCGGUACCUUGACUGUAACUAACUCGCACGUGACUGUGACGACACAUACGACGGGCAAUGGUGUACCAACCGGUAGUGGUAAUGAUGGCGCAACGCUGCCCGCCACUGGUACGAAACCGAAAUCCCAACCGUCCCAACCACCGUUGACGCAUAAGCAGAAGCAGCAGCUGGAACACCAGCGUCGCCAGCAGCAGGAACAAUUGCUCCAACAGCAAGCCAUCGCCAAGCAGCACGAGGAGCUGCAGAAACGCCAACAGGAAGCGGCCGUUAAACAGCAGCAGAAGGCACUACAGCAGCAGCAGAAACAGGUCCAGCAGCAUGAAGCGGAAAUCAAGAACCAUCAGGCACUGCUACUGCUCCACACACAGAAGAUCAAUCGACAGCAGCAGAAGCAACAAAAUGCACCGUCAGCCGUGGCGCCACCGCCCACGCAGCGUUCACCGUUCGCUACCGCAGCGACCGGAUUCGGUUCCAGUCAACAGCAAACACAAGCACCAAAGAGAAUACCGCUGCUUGCCUCAUCGUCGCCUCUAGCAUUGCCGUCGCCGGCCUCCCCACUGACACCGUUCCGCUUGAGGGCUCAGGGUUUCAAGCUACCGCAGUCGGUCGCUCCUCAAAUGUCACCCCAGCAGCGGCAGGAUAUACUGCGCCAGCAGCAGCAACAGCAGCAACAACAGCACCAUCAUCAUCAUCACCAGCAGGAGGAACGCUUCGAAGGCUACCGAAGACAACCACCGCCUCAGGUACCGUUGCAUCUACCCUUCGAGCAGCAGCUGCGCAACCAGAAGGACAUCUCGCUACAGUUCGACCCGGAUGUAGAGGAUUUGACGCAGAUACCGCAGCACAAGGAGUUGAAGCGUUCCGAUCCUCCAUUCCAUCAGCAUGGUAAGAGUCCGGCCGUUUCCAAGGAGCAGAUAGGAGCCGGAGACCGUAAAGUGGAUAGUGGACAGCAAACGCACGCCGACCGUGUGCAGGAGCAGGAACCGGUGGUGGAGUACGAGUACGAUGAGGAUUACAGUUCCGAGGGGGAUGAUUCGGAACCGGGAAAUCCGAACCUAGAUAGCGUUAAGUCUAACACCAAUAGUGAAUUUGUUAUCGCCAAGAAUGGGUCACCGGGCAAGACGGGUGACGAUCGCUUCCCGAAGGAACAUGCCAGUGGGACGAGAAGUGAUAGCGAUAGAACUAAUACUAAUCCUAGCGCAAAUAGUUCUAGUAGUAAUAGAGUUAUUAGUAAUAAUGGUAGCAGCGGCAGCAGCAGCAGUAAUAGUGGUAGUGUUAAUAGUAAUAAUGAUCGUAGCUCUAAGAAACUCUCCAGCGGAGGAGGUGGCACAACCACCAGCAACACUAGUAGGUUUAUCAUUAACAACGAGCAUCACAAGAGCCACAGUACCAGUGCGCCACCCCGCGUACAGCCGUCAGCAUCUCGUGUCGGUGUUUCGCCGGUGCCACCCGGCUAUCCGAAAGUGAUCGUAACAACCAGUACCUCCAUACGGGAUAAUCACGGUCGUACGAUCAACUACUCCAUCACCAGCAAUGGUGGCGGUGGUUCCAUCUCGAGCACUGCCACGCCAGCGGUCAGCACGACGGCGCGUCCCAAAACGCCUCAACCGACCGCCACAGUCAGAGGGUACGACGAGUACAAAGAGAGUGACGUACUGAGCGAUCCAUUUUAUCUGGACGUUCCGCGCCAACGUACCAGGACCAGACGAUCGUUGGAUGAAGUAGCGCGAUCGCGUCGAAAGCGUUACAUACUGCUCGUUCCUCGAUUCAUGUAGCCACAUCGCACGCUUGUACGCGCGCUUGUAAAUAUGUUGACGCAGGUGAUGCCGAUGCAAAGCAAAAUACUCAUAUCCCUUCCUUCCCUUCAUGUUUAAGCCACGUGAUACACGCUCUUCUCGCGAUAUACGUCCUGAUUGUCGGAAGCAGGAUGUGUAGGCGUUUUUUUGGUAAAAGCAGCACUCUCUCGCGGUUAUUUUACUGUCCAUUCGAUUAGCUAAUUUAAUGUUAUGUGUUUUUUCAACGCUGUUUUAAUUUAAUUUCAAUAUCGCUAGUGGGAAGGCGCGACACAUUGCAUAAUGUGAAGCGGUGUAAUUGUACAGAUUGAUAAAGUACUUUUGACUUCUUUUUCCCAUCUUCUUCUCCCAUCGGGGACAAAACUCUAUUGUCCUUUCCAAUGAAUAUAUUUUCAGCAGUUUUUUUUUAAUUUGUAGUUUUGUUUUACGUUUUCCUUUAGCUUAUAGGCAGCAAAAACGUUGUAUGAACCAGUUAAGAUUAUUACAACACAAUUACAGCCGCAUGAUGAAAAAGUUAUCCUUCUAUACUCACCCGUAGCGCGUAGAACAAUUACCCACACCAUAUUUUAGAGUCUUUCUUCUCCUGAACACUUCCACGUCCAACGAUGCCAAACUGAUGGAAGCAAUAUGGCUAGAAAACUAAAAUUGAUCGAUGAAAAAACAUGUAAAAAUAAAGAAUAGAGCACACAGUUCGUAAA